AUGGAUAUCCUUUCAAUAUACAUAUGUGUUCUUGCAACUAUCGCAGGACUGAUCUUUCUCCAGCAAUAUUUCAAUCCUCAACCAUCUUCCCGCAUCCGUCACCUGUAUAACGUCGUCACCCGAUUCAUCAUACUCCCGUACAUUUUCAGACGACGUAAAUUUUGGGGACCUAUAACAGUGUUUAACCUGGUGAUCCAUUCCAUUUUCAUUGCUGGUACCGCUGUAUGUAACAUCUUCGGGGCGAGCGAUGUGGAUACAGCCCGACAACGAGCGGGUUCCAUAGCCUUGAUCCAUCUAUGCGUUUUAGUCGUGGUCCCCCGGUCAGCCUUUGGUGCUGCUUUUUUUGGAAUCUCAAUUCGAACAUACAACCAGCUACAUCGAAGUAUCGGUGUAAUGGCAAUGUUCCAAAGUUUAUUGCAUGUUCUUUUAGCCAUCAAGAUGAAGUCUCUUGAUUUGAAUGAUAUUAAGGAAAGAAAUGGCUUCAUUGUGAGUAUUGGAUGCUAUUGGUUCUUGUUGUCGAUUUUGCUGUUCCUAAUCACAUCUACACAGGCAAUUGUUUCUAUUGCAACGGUAUCAAUUACUGUGAUUCCGCAACUCCGGCGUCAUAUAUACGAAUUUUGCAUCAAGCUGCACCUCGCCUUGGGAAUAUUUGGUAUUGUCAUGGUCUGGAUGCAUAUGAAGGAUAAGUAUGGACUGAAUGGAAGACUACUCAUCUCCGCAAUCAGCCUAUUUCUUCUGAACACUGUAUACUUCAUAAUCCGUGAGUUAUACCGGAAUGUUACAAGGACCACGUUCAUGGCAGUUGCCAAUUGUACACCCCUGGCCGAUGCGGUGAUGUUGGACUUCAUCCCUCCACGGCCGUGGAAAGUACGCGCUGGAUACUAUGUGUAUCUUAGGGUGCCACAAAUUCACCUGCUUUCUUUCGCAGAAACACAUCCGUUUAAUAUCAUAUGGUGGGAGGAGGAUAAACUUGGCAAAGCAACCAGAGUAUUUGUUGUUGCCCGUGUUCAGACUGGAUUUACCAAGCGUCUUUCAGGGAUCAGUGAUCAAUCUCUGAGACUUUUUGCUGAUGGUCCAUAUGGCAAACCAUUGGAGACAGCCUUAUGGGAUAACUUUUUAUUCAUCGCUACCGAUAUCGGCAUCUCUGCGCAGCUGCCUUAUCUUAAGGAGCUAAUUGAUCUGCAACGCCAGCCACGACGGUUAGGUAGAGUUUCAAUUGUAUGGGUUGUUGAGGAUGACGGUAAGUUCUUAUCUCGCCCAAAAUCCUACCAAUAUUGA